AUGCUCUCUUCCAUAAAAAAGAGAUUUUCAGUUUUUAGUUCGGCUAGUAAUAAUAGUAGCCAUGGCAUUUCUACAAAUAAUAAUGACCAUAAUAAUACAGAUAAUAAUAUAGAUAAUAAUAAUAAUAUAGCAAAAAUAGCAUCAUUACAAAAUAAUACAAAAGAAAAUAUAAUAAAUAGUAAAGAAAAACCUUCGGACUCAUAUAAAAGAAAAAAAGAUGAUGACGAUAUUAUAAACAAUAACAAUAACAAUAAUAACCAAUAUGGCAGUGAUGACGAAGAUGAUGAAGAUAUUAGUGGUAGAAAGGUUACAUUUAAAGAGCCACCUUCAAAAAAACAACAUUCCUCAGACAACAACGAGGUUUUAAGUAAAUUUAAAAAAAGAAAAUCAAUAUUAUUACCAUCAUCAACUUUUGGAGCUAUACCAAAUCCAACCACAUCAACUGGUGUACAAAUUAAUUCAACUACAAUUAGAAAUCAAUUAGAUCAUCAAAAAAUUUCAGAUUUAUAUCAAAGUACAAUUAAAAUGAGUACUGAAAAUAAAAUUACACAAAAAAAUUCAUGGGAUAUUCCUUUAAUUGACCAUAUUAAAGAUGUUGUAGAAACUCAAAAACAAUUAGAUUCAGAUACAACUAAUUUUCAAGCAGCAUCAUGUGUUUUGGAUGCUAGUAUCAAAAUUUAUUCAUGUCGUGUAGAUUCGGUACAUGUCAACACAAUUAAGGUUUUAGGUGGUCUUUCAAGAGCUGGUGGCAAAGAAUUUAGAGAUGAUGACAAUGAUAAAGUUGGCGAAGGAAAUGAUAAGGGCUCGGAUAAAGAAGAAAAAGUAAAAAAGAAAAGAAAAAAAUCGGGUGUUAAUACUUUAGAAGAUAAUUUAGAUAAUAUCACUGUAAAGAAAUUUGAAUUAAAAUGUACCGUCGAUCCACUGUUUAGCAAAACUACAGCUGCAUUUGAUGAAGGUGGUGCUAAGGGUCUAUUAUUAAAUAAUCUUUCAAUUUAUGGUGACUGUAAAUUAGUUUUCGAUUCAAAUGAUGCAAUUCAUGACAUUGGGGAUGAUAAUCAAGUACCACAACAAGAAAAAAAAUCAAAAGAAAAUAUACAAAUUCAAUUAGGUCAAUGGAAACAUUUAUUUGCACCAGAGGCUUUCAGGGAUUUGGAAAUUUGUCCAACCUAUUAUGGUUUUUCAGAAUGGUCAACAAACGCUCAAAUGGUACCAAAUAUUUCAAAUAAAAAAAUUGAUGAAUUAAAUGAAUUAAAUAAUGAAAUCAACAACAACAAUAAUAACUUUGUAAAUAAUAAUGAUAACAAACAACCACAAGAAGAACUUAAUAUCAAUAACUUUGGUGCCGCAGCAGCCGAUGACGAUUAUUAUGACUAUGAAGGAGGCGGUGGUCCAGAAUGGGAUGAUAAUGACUAUGAAGAUCAUAAUAUACCGGGGCUCCAAUUAAAUGAAGAACAAGAAAAUAAAAAGAACAACAGUAACAACAAUUUUAAUAAUGAUGAUAUUUCACUAUUUGAAAGAAAUGAUCAAGAUUGGGAUAAUAACAACUUGUUUGAUAAUGAUAAAAACAAUGAAGAGGAUAAGAAUUGGACAGGACCAGAACAUUGGAAGUUUAAAAAAGUAACAAGAAAAACUAAAGAGGCUGAAAAAGAAAAACAAGACGCAGCAGAACCAAAGAAAAGAAAGACACGUAGAAAACCAACAUCAUCCAUUUCAUUUGAUUUUAACAGCCCAUUGACAGAUGCGUGGAAAUUCGAAACUGCAAAUACAUCUUCAUCAGCUACAACUUUAAGAAGAGCUGCAGCGUCUCAAAAUAAUAAUUUAUUACCACCAGAUAUUCAUUUUAGCAUUAAUAAACUGGCUCGUCUUUUCACCAAACCACAAUUUUAUGUACCAACUUUAAGAGAAAGAUAUUCAUUCAGUAAAAGAAAUAAAAGAGAUAUUGACAGUUCAAUGUCAUCACAAACUUUAGCAAGAAAUGGUGGAGAAACCAACAAUGAAAAUGGUGGUGAAGAUGAUAUUGAAUCUUCAAAUCCAUUUAAUAUUGGAAAUGAUGAUUAUGAUUACGAUGGUGGUGGCGGUGGUCCAGAAUGGGAUGAUGAUGAUUUACCAAAUAAUAACCAAUUAGAUUUAAAUAAUAAUAAUAAUAUGGAUAAUAGUAUUUUAGAUCAAAUAAAUAAUAAUAAUGAUAAUAAUAAUAAUAAUUUAGAUAACAUUAAUAAUAAUGAAAAAACUACAUUUAUUGGUUUAAAUAAUGGUGUUUUAGUUUCAGAACCUAGAAAAGUUAAUAGAAUUGAUAUAAAUUAUGCAAAAGUUUCAAAGAAAAUCGAUGUUAAACAAUUAAAGACUUCAGUUUGGAACUUGAUAGAAAAGAAAGAAGAAAAUGAGGACACUAGUGAAUCAGAAACAAUUCAAGAGGAUGGUGAUGAUAGUUUUGGUUCAUUAAUAGAAAAUCUCCACAUAGAACAAAAUCAACUCAGAGCUCAAAACAAACCAACUGCUGGCGAAGUUUCAAUUCCCCUCGCUUUUAUUUGCGUGCUCCAUCUGGCUAAUGAAAAAAAUCUUUCGCUUGACCAAGAAGAUAUUAAUAAUUUUUUUAUAUCAAACAAAAACCAAAAAUAAACCCUUUUAAAAAAAAAAUAAAAAAAAAAUUUUUAUUUUUUUUUUUUGUCUGUACAAUC